AUGACGACUUCUCCUGGAAAAGACAGAAGGGGGGGCGGCUCUCUGGAGGAGCUGACCCCUGCUGAGGGAGAUCAGCUGGAGCUCAGAGAGUCGGGACGCAGAGCCUCCAUCAGGCUGGUGGAUAGAGAUGAUCUCUACACAUAUAAAUACAUCUGCUCCGUCGAGCACGAGGGAGGCACAGUGGAGGCCACAGUGGAAGAAAGAGUGGAGGACAGAGUGGAGGCCAAAGCACUACAAGAGGUUUCUCAUGUCUCUCAGUUCAAAGUGAAGCUGCUCUGUCUGCAGUACACAGUGCUGAUAGUGAAGAGUCUGGUGUACUGCUGUGGACUCUCUCUGCUGAUGAGCCUCAGAAAAAAGGGACCGUCCACCAGCCCACACAUCCCUGAUUUGACUGUUUUCUGCUCCUCUUUUCUCUCCAUCACAUCUCAUCACUUCAUCUCAUUCAUCAUUUUUGAUCAGUCUUCAAAAAUAGGAAAGCCCCCUCUGCAUCCUCUCAACAUCCAGGGACUGAAGUGGAUCAGGCCGACAGCCCAAAAGUUCCUCGUCUUCAGGUGUCAAAAGGGACCUGAGCUGGGCCACAAACACCAGAGCAACAGUGACGAAGACUGGACUCUGACGCCAGCCCUCACCCAGACCUACAGUGAACUCAUGACAUGA